AUGCAGAUCUUCGUCAAGACCCUCACGGGUAAGACUAUCACCCUUGAGGUGGAGUCCUCGGACACCAUCGACAAUGUCAAGUCCAAGAUCCAGGACAAGGAGGGAAUCCCCCCUGACCAGCAGCGUCUGAUCUUCGCUGGCAAGCAGCUCGAGGACGGCCGUACUCUUUCUGACUACAACAUCCAGAAGGAGUCCACCCUUCACCUCGUGCUCCGCCUGCGUGGUGGUGGUAAGAAGCGUAAGAAGAAGGUCUACACCACCCCCAAGAAGAUCAAGCACAAGCGCAAGAAGACCAAGCUUGCCGUCCUCAAGUACUACAAGGUCGACGGUGAUGGCAAGAUCGAGCGUCUCCGCCGCGAGUGCCCCGCCCCCGAGUGUGGUGCCGGUGUCUUCAUGGCUGCUAUGCACAACCGCCAGUACUGUGGCAAGUGCCACCUCACCUACGUCUUCGACGAGUCCAAAUAA